AUGUCAGCACCGGUACACGAUGACGUGCCUGAAACUGGACCUGGUCCGACUGAUCGACUGGCUGGGCACGGCCUAUCAGCUGGUUCCUGGAGUGUCGCUCGUCCGGGCUGCAGACGGCAACCAGACGACGGUCACCGUCAUCAACAGAACCAGCACCAUCACCAGCAUCACCAUCACGGCGGCAUACCUCCGGACGUGGUCAGGUCGCUGGUCCGGGGCAACGAUUCGGCCGAUGAGCUGGAUGGGUACCUGAUGGAAAAAGCCGACGCGUACCCGAACAGCCUGUCCAUCAGCGUCAAGCUGGUCGACUCGGCAGUGGUGGAGAAGGUGCGCAAUCUCAGCAGUCAAAUGCUCGUCAACAUACUACCCACCGGAUUGCUGGAGACCGGUAAUGAAAAUCGUCAAUCGUUACGUAACCCGUUAAUAUACUUACACCCGUUAUCAUCCCUUAUGUUCCGUCUAUAA